GUUUGUGUUUUCUUCUUCCUGAUAGGUUACCCGAGCAGUAAGCAAACCGCGCAAUAACGCUUAUUUCUCCUUCUGGCAACCGUCAUAGUUGCUAUUUAUAAUAAAAUACGUCGAUCUGUCGUCGCUGCAUAUCGAAUUCUUUGGGGCCUUGAGUCGAAUCCAGUCCGACCAGAUCUUUAAAAGAUGAAGAAAACUUUGUGCAGCGCGCACCGUGAAUGGGUCGAUUAGGACAGCUGUCAAGAAGCAAGCCAUUUAAGUCCCGGCAUGUUUGCAAUCAUGAUGCAACCACCAUUGCGGAAUGCAUUAACUGUGAACCGGAAGUCGAGGACAGACACGAACUUUCUUUACAAACCUGUUAGUCGUCUCGCUCUUAUUGAUAAUUAUUUUUUCGAAGGUUAUCGAUGAUAAGUAUUCUUCAUGAUUCAGUGACUGCAAAAUUUUGGGUUAAGCGCGUGGAGAGGAAGAGCGUAACAUGGAGACGGUUUUAUCGCGAGCAGCUUGCUGCAUUUAUCGGAUUUGAAAAAUUAUGGCACAUACGUACCUAUAUGUGACAGGUGACAGCAGUGAAAGACCGCAGAAAGCCGUAAAAGACCAACUGACAGCCGGACCGGACGUGGGCAGCCGAUCCAGCGCAGAGAUGAGGAAACAUAUUCUAUGUUUGGUUGCUGUGGGAGCGAUGCAGCUGAUCCUUUGCCAAACCAGUAAAACGGAAGAUUUUCCUAAAUUUCGUGCAACAGAAACGCCAGCGAUCCAGCCGCAGGACGACAAACCACAAGGACUACCAGUCUAUUGUAAAAUGCAGAUCGAGAUCCCUAAGCACCAGUGGACGUCGUUUGAAAUCGCAACCUUUGUCGUCAGUCUCCUGGUGUUGGCGGCAGAAGUUUACCUUAUCUACAAGGCGAAUUGUCCCCCCUGUGGCUCCGGAGCAGGCGACACGGAAGCACUGGUGAGACAGUUAGUCGCUGAUAUGAAUGACCUGCGUUUUGACCUUCGGAAUGGAAAUUGGGAGCAACGCGCAGAUCAAGUAAUUCCACGGGGACAACAAAGCAUCCGAUACGAUAACAGAAAAAGCGUUCCGCCACCAAGGAUCGGUAGCCAACUGGACAAUUUGCGCACCGGUUAUUCUCGCUAUCACCUUCCUUCCCAGCACAUCACGGAUAACCAGGUGGAACCGGGCCCCAGAGAAUAUUACCGUUAAACAUAUUAUGAUCCCAUCCGACCCUUUUUUGCUGAUGUAUGCUAAUGUGUUGAUUUACUAACUGAAGAUAAGCAAAAUUUAUCUGUUGUCUCUUACAUUUAACUUUCCAGAUGACCGAGACUCAUAGUAUCUAAC